AUGGCUAAAGCCGCUAAGGUAUCCCUUGACGAUGUUAAGCAUGCCGCCGAAGUAGGAUACGUCGAUAGCUUCAAAGUCAUUCGAGAUAAGAACAAAGAUAACGGCGACGAUGCUAGCGAAGAUGACGAAUCUAUAGAACUGAGUAGCUCCGACGAGGAAGAUCGUGACAGUGGCGAAGAGGACGAAGAUAUAGAACUGAGUAGCUCCGACGAGGAAGACGAUACCGACGACACAGAUAACUCCGAGGAUGGUGUUUGCGUUACUAUAAAGACGAAGAGAGUCUUGGUCACCCGAAGCAAGAAAACCCUAGCGGCAACAAACGAUAUCAAUAAACGACGCAAGGUAACUGGCAACCACCGUGGCAGCAGGACCAAGGGCAGAGUCUUCAAGGCCGGCAAACUCUCCAAGAGCAAGUGA